ACCCUCUCUCUUUCUCUCGAGGAGUCUCCAAGACCAGUCCCCAAAGCCCCCAUCCUGUCUCACAGGAUGCCAUUCUCCCCCCAUUCCUGGUCCCUGUAGGACCUCCUUGGGAGGGAGGGAUACACUAGAUAGAGGACGUGACACUAGGAAAAUGGCUAGGGAGGUCGGGGGGCCCGUGCCUGGCCGCGUCAGCUGGACUCUGCCUCCCCAGUGCCUCAUGUCUUUAUUCUGAGGGUGGGGUGGCUGAGGCUCGGGUGGUUUCCUGGUGAGAGGUCCUUCAAUAGCAAAGGCAGAAGGUGGAGGGCCCAGGGUGUAGCUGGGAUCCUGGCCCUCUCUCCCCAGCUUCAGGGGCACAGGGAGGAGCUGGGCAGAGAAGAGUGUCCAAGGCAGCAGGGAAGAGCCCCACACCCUGGGGUUAGGGUGGCGUGAAAGGGGAUCUUCACGGGGCUGGCCUGGCUCAGAGGAAGAGCAGGAUCUAGGUUGAGCUGGGGAUUGGAGCUGGGGGUGAGGCGAGAGGGGGAAGCAGUGGUAUCCGGAGGGCUCAGAGGGAGCCGGAGCCCAAGGCACAUUCUGGACUCUGCAAUAUGGUGCUGAUCGCUGGGUCCCAAGGAAGAUCGGGCCAGAAUCCCGGCUGGGCUUCCUUGUGUGUCUGUGAACAGGUCUGAACCUCCUUGCACGUCUGCAGAAUCGUCAAACACCCGUCCUUUAUACCGCACGGAGGCCAGGCAGGAUGACCCAAAACAUGCUGGCUGUGAAUGGAGUCGAUGUGGUCUCUCCGCUGUCCCAGCCCACUCACAUCGACAUCCACAUCCAUCAGGAAUCUGCUUUGGCACAACUGCUAAAAGCUGGGAGCUCCCUGAUGGAGCGCCUGUCCCACCAUCCUGCCAAGGCCAGCAUAAGCUACGGACAGCUGGCACUAGGGGUGACCCAGAUAUUGCUGGGGGCUAUGAGCUGUGCUCUUGGAGGGCUUCUCUGCUUGGGGCCCUGGAUUCAGCUGCGUGCCUCAGGCUGUGCCUUUUGGGCAGGGUUUGUGGCCAUUGCAGCAGGAAUUGGGGCCAUUGUCCAUGAGAAACACUGCGGCAAACUUUCAGGCUUCAUAUCAGGUCUGCUCACCCUGGCUGGCAUUGCCACGGCCGUGGCUGCCGUUGUCUUCUGUGUGAAUAGUUUAACCUGGGAACCUGUCUUCUAUGACAUCAGCUCCGUGUAUGAUUCCUUAGUCCCUGACACCCCCACCUUUGGGUACGAAGAGACUAGACUAAGCGAUUCCUAUUCAUCGUGGAGGGAGGAGCGCUGCAGAAGCUACAUGCAAAUGCUGACGGAUUUGUUCCUAGGAAUCCGUGGUCUGCUCCUGGCCAUCUGUGUCCUGCAGGUCAUUGUAUCCUUGGCUUCCCUGGGCAUGGGUCUCCGACGCUUCUGUGGCCAGAGCUCCCGGGCCCUGGAUGAAGAAGGGUCAGAGAAGAAGCUGUGGGGGGAGAAUUCAGUGCCUCCCUCUCCCCACAAGAAGAAGAGCACAGCUGUUGUCGUGUGAGCAGCCAAAGACCCUGCCUGGACCCUGCAUGUCCCCCCAGAGUAGCCCAGGGCCCCUCACUGCCCCGUCCCUCACACUCGCUUCCUUAGGCUGCCCCUCCUCUCGCCAACACCCUCACCCGCUAUUCCCACUCCAGGGUCCUCAGUUCAGUGAACAGGUAUUGUCACAUUUUUCCCAAUGCUGAUUAAACAGAAACAACCACAAAAAAUGAUUUUGUGCAGAAAGGA